GAGAACUGCUCCAUCUCUCUCCUUUAAUGGCGACGACUCGAAGCCUAUUAUUGAUCGAGGGACGGAAUCCCUUCCUCCUAACCAUUGCUUUCCUCCUCACCUCCUUCCUCAUCAUUGUCUUCUUCACCACCGACACCUUCAAUCGAUUCUCCUCUUUCUACUUCCUUUCCUCUGAUCAUAAAUCCUUUCAUUCCAGUCCUUUACCUCCUCAAUCCCAGCUCAUAGUUCAUUCCACUCCAAACCCUCGGGAUUCCUCCGCCUCCUACGCAGGCGAUGACGCGCUGAUGCCGGGCGAAACAGGUGAAGAGAACGGGAAUCGUGAAGAUGGCGAAGAAUUCACCGCGGAGCUUGAUUUCCACUGGGAGAUCUGCGGGAAUGGGAAGGAUUACAAGGCGGUGGAUAACAUUCCUUGCUUAGAUAACAUGAAAGCGAUAAAGGCUUUGAAGUCGAGAAGGCGUAUGGAGCACCGGGAGCGCCAUUGCCCAAUGCCAAGCCCGAGAUGCCUCGCCCCCCUUCCUCUCGGUUACAGAGUACCGGUGCCUUGGCCGAAGAGCAGAGAUAUGAUAUGGUAUGACAAUGUUCCUCACCCUAAGCUGGUUGAGUACAAGAAGGACCAGAAUUGGGUCCGAAAAUCUGGAGACUAUCUUCUUUUUCCUGGCGGUGGAACUCAGUUUAAAGAUGGAGUAAACAGCUAUAUUCAGUUUAUUGAGCGGGCUUUGCCUGCUAUUGAGUGGGGUAGACAUACAAGGGUUGUGCUUGAUGUUGGUUGUGGUGUUGCAAGCUUUGGUGGGUACUUAUUGGAUAAAAAUGUCAUCACUAUGUCUUUUGCACCAAAGGAUGAGCAUGAGGCUCAGAUACAAUUUGCUCUUGAGCGAGGAAUUCCAGCCGUUUUGUCAGUUAUUGGGACCCAAAAAUUGACUUUCUCUGAUAAUGCAUUUGAUCUAAUUCAUUGUGCUCGGUGUAGGGUGCAUUGGGAUGGAGAUGGUGGAAAGCCAUUAAUAGAGCUUAAUCGAAUACUUAGGCCUGGUGGGCUUUUUGUCUGGUCUGCAACACCAGUUUAUCGUGAUGAUCCGAGAGAUCAGAGCGUUUGGAAUGCCAUGGUAAUUUUAACGGAAUCUAUCUGCUGGAGAGUAGUAGUGAAAGCUACCGACGCAACUGGAAUUGGACUUGUAAUAUAUCAGAAGCCGACCUCAAACAAAUGCUAUGAAGAGAGAAAAGUCAAAAAUCCCCAUUUAUGCACUCAGAAGAACAGAUCUAGUAUAUCAUGGUAUACUCCUCUGGAAGAUUGCCUGCCUCCUGUCCAUAUUGCCAACUCUGACGUGCGGCGGACCUGGCCUGUUUCCUGGCCUGAAAGGUUAAAUGUUUGGCCUUCAAAUAUAUUCAAGUCGAACAGUGAGACAGGUGAAGAAAGAUUCUAUGAGGACACUAAGAGUUGGGAAGUACUUGUAUCAGGUGUGUACAUGCUUGAUCUAGAAAUCAACUGGUCAAGCAUCCGUAACGUGAUGGACAUGAAUGCUAGCUUUGGAGGGUUUGCUGCAGCGCUAGUCAAAAAACCUGUGUGGGUAAUGAACGUUGUGCCCAUCCAUGGACCGAAUACUUUGCCCAUCAUCUUUGAUAGAGGUUUAAUUGGAAUAUAUCAUGAUUGGUGUGAGUCAUUUAACACGUAUCCUAGAACAUAUGAUCUGCUGCACUCCAGUUUUCUAUUUGGCAGCCUUUCAAAGAGGUGUGACCUCGUAGAUGUUGUUAUAGAAAUGGAUCGAAUUUUGAGGCCCGACGGAUGGGUUUUAAUUCAAGAGACUGACAAAAUGAUUAAGAAGCUAAACUCCAUGUUGCAGACACUUCACUGGGCUACUACCAUCCACAAGGGUACGUUUCUUGUUGCCAAAAAAAGUUUUUGGCGUCCAUCUCCUUGAUGCUACUACACCACCUUCCUUUUUCCUUUACUAUUCUUUUUCAGGUUGUGGUCAUUAGCUAAUCCCCUUUUUUUUUGCACCAAAUAAAAAUGUAAUUUAGGAUAUAAGAGCUUAUUUUUUUUACCCAUGUCUUGUUUGCUGAUAUUAAAGUCUCUCUCUAUCUAUCUAUCUAUACA